UGGCACACCUACUAAUUUCCUGGAAAAAUAAAGUGCCACCCUCUAUCGAGGUGAAGGAGGAAGCUGAUUCCUUAUAUAACUCUCCCAUCUUCGAUCCUGCCAAGCCAAAGCCUGACUCCACCACCCCCCAUUCCUCUCUCAACAUGGCCAAGAUGGCUCUCGGCUCCGGCCGUGAGUUCGCCCAGCCCGACUGCAUCCGAGCUCUCGUCAUGGAGUUCAUCGUCACCUUCCUGUUCGUCUUCGCGGGUGUCGGCUCCGCCAUGGCCACCGAGAAGCUGAAGGGAGAUUCACUGGACUCGCUGUUUUUUGUGGCGAUGGCACAUGCGCUGGUGGUGGCGGUCAUGGUAUCGGCGGCGCUGCAGAUCUCAGGUGGUCACCUGAACCCGGCGGUGACUCUUGGUCUCUGCGUGGGUGGUCACAUCACCGUUGUGAGAUCCGUCCUGUACUUCAUCGAUCAGUGUUUGGCUUCUACUGUAGCCUGUAUUCUCCUCAAGUUUCUCACUGGUGGACGGGCAACUCCAGUGCACACACUGGCGAGUGGAGUGGGGUGUCUCCAAGGGGUAAUGCUAGAAUUUAUCCUCACAUUCUCGUUGUUGUUCGCAGUGUAUGCCAAUAUAGUAUCAGCACAGAAGUCUGCCCACAUUGAUGGGCUGGGCCCAUUGAUAACUGGGCUUGUGGUGGGGGCCAACGUCAUGGCUGGUGGGGCCUUUUCCGGGGCUUCCAUGAACCCGGCCCGGUCCUUCGGGCCGGCUUUGGUGAGCUGGGACUGGACAAACCACUGGGUGUACUGGGUUGGGCCACUGGUAGGUGGUGCGGUGGCUGGAUUUGUGUAUGAGAACUUUUUCAUAAACAGACCCCAUCUUCGUCUCCCAACAAGAGACGAAGAAGAAGAAGAAGGCUUCUAAGCUUUAUAUUCUAUAUUAGAAGCAGCCAAGUGGCGUAUGAUGAGAUCUAUGCCACUUUUUCUUUUGAUUUCAGUCGUUUAGACUUCUUGUAAUUCCACCAUGUUCAUGGUUUCAGUGUGGCUCGGAGUGUUUUCUCGAUUAAUUUUUUUUUUUUUUUUUUUUUUUUUUUUUUUUUUGUGGGUGUAAUGGAAAGUCUGUGAGAAAGGACAACCACAUAAAUAAAACAGCGAGCCUUUUCACUUGUUUAUUGAUUA